AUGCGUUUCCAAGUCCCCAUCAUUGUGGCGUUUAUCGCCCAUCUGGCCCAAUCCAACCCCGUUUUGCCCAACAAUUUGCAGGCUCGCACACUCGAAGAUGGGCGUAAGCAGCCCACCCGUGAUGAUACCAAGAACUGCGAGAAUGGGUGCGCCGAAAAGCACCCAGGCAGGGUUCCAGGAAGGGAGAGCAAGAUUUCGCUUCGGGGUUAG